AAAAACCGGAAGUUGUUAGCAGCAUUAGCUUGUUGCUCGUUAGCAGCGUUAGCUUGUUGUGUGGGUGUGUGAGGUGAACCUCUGAGGCUCUGCAGCAACAAUGUCUUCAUCUCAGUCUCUGAGAGAGUUUAUCAGAGAGCGGCUAACUGCUGCUGCAGCAGAAAUAUUCUCCGAGUUUGAACAAACCAUCGUCCGCUACGAGGAAGAGAUCGAUCGUCAGCGCAGACUGCUGGAGAUCAGCUGGAAACCACAGAUCAACUUACACAGAAUAGAACUCCCGCUGCAUGAUGUCAGCAAAGAUGAGGAGGUUCUGACUGACCAGCAGCUCUGGAACCAGGAGAGGACCUCCAGUUUGGACCAGGAACAACCAGAACCUUUACAGGAGGGACCAGAACCUCCACAGAUGAAAGUGGAGCAGGAUGAGUCAGAACCUUUGCAGGUUCUAGAACAAGAGGAGCUCUGCAUGAGUCAGGAUGAAGAGCAGCUUGUACUGAAGCAGGAGACGGUUACCUCCCUUGUGACUCCUGCGGAUGAGGACAGAGACCACCAUGGACCAGAACCAGACAGACACCACCUCCUUUUGUCACUGUUUCCUGAGGCUGAGAUCAGAGCUGCUGCUCCUCCAGGGUCCACAGAACUUCCACAGCAUCAUGUCUGGGAAAAGGAGGAGGUUCUGACUGACCAGCAGUUCUGUACCAAGGAGACCAGCACCAGUUUGGACCAGAAGGAACCAGAACCUCCACUAAUCAAAGAGGAACAGCAGGGACUCUGCAUCCGUCAGCAUGGAGGGUCGUUCAUUCUGAAGCAAGAAAACGUUACCAUCGUGAAGACGUCUCCUGACGAAACAGACCGCUGUGAGCCAGAACCAGACAGGAACAAACCCUUGUGUCAGAGUUCUACUGAAGCCGAGAACCAAGAUCAGGAUGGACACUCGAAUGAAAACUCGGCACCAAACAGCCACGAUGAACCGACACGGAAUAAAAGAAGGCAACAAACCAAAGAUCACAGAAACGGUGUAAGGUGUCGGAAAAUAAAAAGGCACAAGACGACUCGCAGAGAUGAGAGACCAGUUUCAUGUAAGACCUGUGGGAAUUCUUUCAGUUCCAAGGGUGUUUUAACUGUUCACUUGAGAACGCACACAGGUGAGAAACCAUUUAGAUGCAACACCUGUGGGAAAUGUUUCUCCCAGAAAAAUAACUUGAAAACACACAUGAGAACUCACACAGGUGAGAAACCAUUUAGAUGCAACACCUGUGGGAAAUGUUUCUCCCAGAGUAAUAACUUGACUGAUCACAUAAGAACUCACACAGGGGAGAAACCAUAUUUGUGUAAAACCUGCGGUAAAGGUUUCUCGGCAAAAAGCGGCUUGACUAGUCACAUAAAAAAUAAACACGGUCCUUCUGUUUGAUCUGUAGAGCAAAAUGCAGCCAAACGGUUACUUUGGCUUCUCGAGUGAAAAUCUUGAGAUGGGCGCACGAGUAAACAUGUUUGGAUAGGUUUUGGAAAACAGCUGUCUUGAUUAAAAUGUCUUCCCCAGUUGGAUCUUCCUCUUUCUUUGUGCAGUUGUUGUUCUCUCCAUCUCCCUCCUCUCACUGUGCUGGCAAACAUGAACAACAUCAACUAGAAAUACAAAUACAUUCAACUAUGAGGAUCUACAAACACAAUAUAUGGAAUAACAUUUAACAGAUGUUUUUUCUUUGGAAGAAACUCCUUAUAGUAUCAGUAAAUAAGUAAAACACAUUUAGAACGCACUUAGCGUAGCAAUGGCUAGUAGCAACUAUAAUAAAAACAUACAUAGCUGCCCAGACUACCAAUGCUUUUCCUGAACUUGUUGCUCCUUGAAGGUGUUGAGUCAAACAAAAUAUUACAAAAUAAUGAAGUUUACUUUCAUUUUCAAGAUCAUUGCCAGCCAGAGCUCGGCAGUAACUCCACAUGUGAUCAUGUGAUCUCCUCUGUUGGUCCAAGGCGCAAUCGCCAUUAACAAGACAGACAAUUACCGCGAUAUUACUACCAUGCGAGGCGGAAUGAAUACCGCUAAAUUUGUGCAUCACCAUGUCGGCAUGGCGCAUUUCUAAGACACAUCAUUGCGGUAACAUCACUCUGAUUUGCCAGCACGGUGUGUGCUGUAAACAGGGCUAGAGACCCCCAGGCCCCCUUAAGCUUGGUUCAUGCUUGACGCGUUCACUUUCCGCGCGGUGAUGCGGCUCGCGGAUGGAACGCGCUUCACAACUCGCAGCUUUUAUGGUUCGUGCGGCUCGUCUCUGCGGUGAGCCAAUAUUCUCCCAAACUGUAGGGGGCAGCAUGGAGCUCUACGGCAUGCACCCAACACUACACCAUAGAAGUAGAAAUUACUGUUUACAACAUGGCAUUCCAGCAUUUUUAACAGCGUGCUCGUCUUUUCCGACAGUGCGAGCUAUUUCUCUCCAAGAAUUAUUAACAACAUGUUGAUCACGGUGAUCUUUGAGAGCUGAAUCAUACAAAUG